GGGCCGGUCCCCUGCAGUGCCCCAGCCUCGGGCUGCGAGCGCUCCGCGACAGUGCGGGGCCAUGGGGACUCCGCGCCGCGGGCCACCCGUCCACCCGGGGCCCCCGCUGGGGCGGCUGCUGCUGCCCCUGCUCCUGAGCGGGCUGGCCCCGGCUCGCGCCUCCCCGCGGCUCCUGGACCACCCGGCGCCAGUCUGCUCCCGGGAGGGGCUAAACUGUGCAGUGAAGAAUAGUACCUGCCUGGAUGACAGCUGGAUCCACCCUCGAAAUCUGACCCCUUCAUCCCCCAAAGAUGUCCAGGUCCACCUGGACUUUGCCCAGACCCAGCAUGGAGACCUACUGCCUAUAGCUCGCAUUGGGUGGACCCUGCAGACAGACGCCAGCAUCCUCUUCCUGGAGGGUGCAGAGUUAUCUGUCCUGCAGCUGAGCACCAACGAACGCUUGUGCGUCAAGUUUGAGUUUCUGUCCAAACUGCAGCAUCAUCGCAGGCGGUGGCAUUUUACCUUCAGCCACUUUGUGGUAGAACCCGGCCAGGAGUAUGAGGUGACCGUUCACCACCUGCCCAAACCCAUCCCUGACGGGGACCCAAAUCACCAGUCCAAGAACUUCCCCGUGCCUGGCUGCGAGGACCCCAGGAUGAGGAUGACCACGCCGUGUGUGAGCUCAGGCAGCCUGUGGGACCCCAACAUCAUGGCAGAGACCCUGGAAGCCCAGCAGCUGCGGGUGAGCUUCACCCUGUGGAACGAGUCUACCCCUUACCAGAUCCUGCUGACCAGUUUUCCACACACGGAGAACCAGAGCUGCUUCCAUCAUGUCCUCAUGGUGCCCGAGCCCGCACUUGAGGACGUCCACCGGCGGGCCAACGUCACGCUCACCCUGUCAGACCAGAACUGGUGCUGCCGCCACCGAGUGCAGAUCCAGCCCUUCUUCAGUAGCUGUCUCAACGACUGUCUCAGACACUCCAUAAGCCUCCCCUGUCCAGAAAUUCCAGAGGCUCCAGUCUCGGUUGCAGACUACAUACCCCUGUGGGUGUACGGGUUCAUCACGGGCAUCUCCAUCCUGCUGGUGGGUUCUGUCAUCCUGCUGAUCGUCUGCAUGACCUGGAGGCUACCCGGGUCUCAUCGUGAAAAAUAUGGCAAUGACACCAAAUACACAGAUGUCCUGCCUGAGACCAGCCUGACCCCUCCACCGCUGAAGCCCAGGAAGGUCUGGAUUGUCUACUCUGCCGACCAUCCUCUCUACGUGGACGUGGUGCUGAAGUUCGCCCAGUUCCUGCUCACUGUCUGUGGCACCGAAGUGGCCCUCGACCUGCUGGAGGAGCAGGUCAUCUCAGAGGUGGGGGUCAUGACCUGGGUGGGCCGCCAGAAGCAGGAGAUGGUGGAGACCAACUCCAAGAUCAUCGUCCUGUGCUCCCGAGGCACCCGGGCCAAGUGGCAGGCCAUCCUCGGCUGGGAGGAGCCGGCUGUCCAGCUCCGGUGUGACCGCUGGAAGCCCGCGGGCGACCUUUUCACCGCAGCCAUGAACAUGAUCCUACCAGACUUCAAGAAGCCAGCCUGCUUCGGCACCUACAUCGUCUGCUACUUCCGUGACAUCAGCAGUGAGAGUGAUAUCCCCGACCUCUUCAACAUCACUUCCAGGUACCCACUCAUGGACAGGUUUGAGGAAGUUUACUUCCGGAUCCAGGACCUGGAGAUGUUUGAACCUGGCCGGAUGCACCGCGUUGGGGAGCUCACAGGUGAGAACUACCUGCAGAACCCGAGCGGCUGGCAGCUCAAGGAGGCUGUGGAGAGGUUCCGGGAGUGGCAAGUCCAGUGCCCAGACUGGUUUGAGCGCGAGAACCUUUGCUCAGCGGAUGACCAGGACCUCCUGUCCCUGGACGAAGAGGUGUUUGAAGAGCCCCUGCUGCCGCCAGGAAGAGGGAUCAUCAAGCAGAAACCCCUGGUGCACGAACCCAUCUCUGAGGGCUGCCUGGUGGGAGAUCUGCUUGUCGGUGAGGAAGGAAGAGGACUCUCAAGGCUGGAACCUCAACUCCAGCCCCAAGGAGAGCUGGCGGCCCAGGCCCUCCAAACCGCAGUGCUCCCAGUGGACGAGGUCCCUUCGGCUCAGGCCGUGGAACCCGUCCCUCCGGCCAUUGAGAGCAGCACAGCGGGCCGGCUGGCCGUGGUGGGGAGAGACGAGGCCUGCCCGCUGUUGGAGGGCUUUGGCCCGCGGCGGAACAGUGUCCUCUGCCUCCCCGUGGACUCAGAGGCCCCGCCUCUCUGCAGCACCCCUAUGGCAUCCCCCAGCUAUGUCCCGGAAGACGUAAGGGAGCAGCUCAAAGGCUUGAUGUUCUCACUCUUCCAGCAGAGUCUGAGCUGCCGGGCCCAGGAGGGCUGGGACAGAGCAGCAGUGGCCCUCAAAGACCUCUGCACGCCCUACGAGGGGGAGCAGCGGCAGUCCGUGCAGUCCGACCAGGGCUAUAUCUCCAGGAGCUCCCCGCAGCCCCCUGAAGGACUUAUGGAAAUGGAGGAAGAGGAAGAAGAGCAGGACCUGGGGACAUCGGCCAAGCAGCUCUCUCCUGAGGACCUAGAGAGCCUGAGAAGCCUCCAGAGAUGGCUCUUCUUCCAAGAGCUUCAGAAGAACUCCGGCUGGGACGGUGUGGAGCCGGAGGAGCCCUAGGGCCUCCCUGGCCCCAGGGUGUUAGGGAAGGAAGGUGUGCGAACACGAGCGUACACGUGUCUGUAUAUAUGCAUAUGUUCCUGUGUGAAGGGUUUGCCUCUAAAUGUAGACCUCUUGAGCCCUGCACAUCACCCUGAAUUUUCUUUCUCUGACCCUGUGGUCAUGUUCUGUCUCAGCAAGAAUCCGCAGCCCAUCCCUAGGAGCCAGCGACAGAACGUCCUUGAGCCUCCAUCAUGCAGUCAUUUGGUCAUCCAGCAUUUAUUUUGCCCCUCUCAUGUGCCAAGCAUCUGAGAUGCAAAGAAAAUUGCACAGGGACCCUGGCCACCAAGGGGCUUAACAUCUGGUGGGAGCAACAGAUUAGCAAACAGGAUGGUCCUGUGCGAUGGACAGGCUUAGUAGAGGUCUGCCCAGGGCUGUGAAAGUACACAGAAGGAGCAGCUGGGCCCAGAGACCGUGGUUGGAGAGGGCAGCAGUCCCCGGGGCGGGGGCAGCGUGUGGGGUGAGGGGGCAACCAGAGCCCAGGCUGCAGAAGGGCUUGUGGGCCAGGCUGGGGGGUUGGGACAUCAGCCCGGUGCCCUGGCAUUCCUUUGAUAGGGUGAGCUGCUGCCCUGCAGAGGAGGGGCCUGAGGACCAAACAUACCCGAAAGCCACCUCAGACCGUCUUUGGAAAGAGACAGGAUAGAAAUGUGUGAUGAGAACCUUAAGAGCAUUCAGCAGGGAGAAAAGCCUGGAGUCCUGAGCUCCCAUUUUGGCCCUCAGUCAGUGGGAGAGCCACCGCAGAGGAGUCUUCUGGGGCCGCAUGGCCAGGCCCCUGGGCAGCAGCACCCCGCCGAGCUCAGGAGGCCCUGGAGCUGGGGGCCCAAGCCUGAGUGUGAGAUACGGAGGGCGCCCGGCAGGGUAGGCAGAGGGGCGCAGGGCGGAAGUGGGAGGCACGCAGGGCCCAGCAGGCCUCUCUGGGGGGGAGGGGAAAACGGGCCACUCUGUACCUAAAAGUCUGAGGUUCAAAGACAGUAUUCGAGGAGAGAUGCUUAGGUUCAGGGCCCGAAGACAUUGUGCCUGAAGUGCCUUCUUGGGAGGAACUGAAGGCUUCUGGCUGUCCGGGGUCCCGGCGAGCGCACUGGGAUGCCGUCUGCCCCUGGACUCGGGUGAGCUCAUUGCCUGGACUCGAGCCCUCAGCUGGCGCCGAGCUCCAGUGAAGGGGUGAGGACUCAGGCAGGUAAUGGGAAACCGUCACAGGUUUUGUGUGUGUGUGUGGUUGUGUGUGUGACACACACAUGCGUCAUGUGCACAGAAGGGAGAUGGUCAAUAAAAGAAAAGAUUUGUCCACUCUGGUAAGAAC